AUGUGGGUCCAUCCGCAUUUGCACACUCCACUAUUACCAUCCCGACUAGAACUCCAAUCCGACACUGACCAACAAGCACUCUUUGAUGAAGCUUCUGCGAAAUGGACCAGCUAUGGAGAUGCGGUGGAUUACAAUUUUGCCUAUCUUCGUCAAGACGAGACCUUUCCACAGUUUCAAGUGACGGUCCGGAAUUCCACCACGAUUGGUGUGGAUACCGUUUAUGGGCAGCCGCAAGAUCGAUACGUCUUUACCAUGGAUCAGUUGUUGGGAUACAUUUCCGAGUCUCUCAUAAUAAUGGGAAGCUAUGUCUCGCUGCCGAUUACGACAAAACGUAUGGAUACCCGACAUUCUGGAGUAUCGAAAGUCUCGAUGGAAACAUCCUAG